AUGUCGUCCAUGGCCGACGACGGCGAGCGGCUCGAGCUCCUCCACGGCGACCUCGACCUGACCAUCCACGAGGCGUGCGGCCUCCCCAACAUGGACGUCCUCUCCACCAUCCUCCGCCGGCUCUGCAUCCGGCCCCGCCGCCUCCCCAGCCGCAACAUCGACGCCGACACCGACGCCGACAGCCCCCUCCGCCGCCGCCGCCGCCGCCGCCGCCAAAAGCCUCGCGGCCGCCACAGCAUCGUGCCGACAUCCGACCCCUACGCCGUCGUCGCCGUCUCGGGGCCGGACGGCCCGGACACCACGCUCGCGCGCACCUACGUCGUCCGCAACUCCGAGGCCCCGGACUGGUCGGCGCGCAUACGCAUCCCCCUCGCGCACGAGGCCUCCCGCCUCGUCCUCCAGGUCAGGGACUCCGACCCCUUCGGCUCCGACCUCAUCGGCUUCGCCACCCUCCCGGCCGCAACCCUCCUCGACGGCAAGCCCAUCGCGGACGCCUGGCUCCCGCUGCUCCGCCCGGACGGCCGCGGCCCGCCGAAACCCAACUCCGCCAUCCGCGUCUCCCUCACCUUCACCCCCGCAUCGUCGUCGCCCUCCCGGCGGCGCCGCUUCGGCGGCGUGCCGGCGUACUUCCCGGCGCGGCGCGGGUGCGAGCUGAAGCUGUACCAGGACGCGCACGUGGCGGUGGGGGCGCCGUGCUCGUACGAGCGCGGGCGGUGCUGGGAGGACGUGUGCAUGGCGGUGCUGGGGGCGCAGAAGCUGGUGUACGUGGCGGGGUGGGCGGUGGGCGCGAGGGUGCGGCUGCUGCGGGAGGAGAUGUCGCCGGAGAUGGCGGAGAAGGCGGCGGAGGUGAGGGCGCUGGCCGGCGUGGAGGUGGAGAAGAUGGCGCUGGGGGAUCUGCUCAAGUACAAGUCGCAGGAGGGCGUCCGCGUCUGCCUCCUCGUCUCUGACCAUCACGACACUCCCCUGCACCCCAGCUUCUUCCUAAACACGGGAGGCAUGAUGCAAACUAGUGGCGAAGACACGAAGAAGUUUUUCAAACAGUCAUCUGUGAUUUGUGUACUCUCGCAUCGCUACCCUAGAAGCAAAGUCGAUAUGGCCAAGCAAAAGGUGGUGGGCACGCCGUACGCGCACAACCAGAAGAGCAUCCUCGUCGACACGCCGGCGUCCGAGGCCACCCGCCGGAUCACGGCUUUUCUGGGCGGCCUCGACCUCGCCGCUGGCCGAUACGACACCCCGGCCCACCGGCUCUUCGGGGACCUCGACACCGUCUUCCGGGGGGACAUCCACAACCCCACGCUCGGCGACGCCGCCGGGGAGAACGGGCCCCGUCUGCCGUGGCACGACAUGCACUGCCGCCUCGACGGCGCCGCCGCGUACGACGUCCUCAAGAACUUCGAGCAGCGGUGGCGGAGGGCGACGGCCAAGCACUUGAAGGCGUCCAAGCACGGGAAGGACGAUGCCCUGCUGAAGCUCCAGCGCAUCCCCUGGAUCCUCAGCCCGGUCGUCGCCGACGGCGAAGAUGACGCCCUGCGCGUCCUGCCGGAGGAUGACCCCCGGUGCUGGCACGCGCAGGUGUUCCGGUCGGUGGACGCCGGGUCGGUGAAGGGGUUCCCGCGCUCCUGGGAGACGGAGGAGAUGGAGGCGCGGCACCUGCUCUGCGACAAGAGCCUGGCCGUGGAGCAGAGCAUCCACGCGGCGUACGUGGCGGCGAUCCGCGCCGCCGACCGGUUCGUGUACCUCGAGACCGAGCGCUUCCUGGGGUCGUCGUACGCGUGGCCGGCGCCGUUCCGGCACCCGGGCGCCGGCAACCUGGUGCCGAUGGAGAUCGCGCUGAAGGCGGCGAGCAAGAUCAGGGCCGGGGAGGACUUCGCGGCGUACGUGGUGUUGCCGAUGUGGCCGGCGGCGGAGGGGCCGCCUGGGUCGGCGCCGGCGCAGGAGGCCCUCUUCUGGCAGGGGAAGACGAUGCAGGCGAUGUACGAGGUCGUCGCGUCGGCGAUCGUGGAGGCCGGGGCCAGCGGCAGAGCGCACCCGCAGGACUACCUCAACUUCUACUGCCUCGGCAACCGCGAACAGGCACCGGCGGAUCUGUACGGACGGGCGGCGGAGACGGGGACGAGCCCGGCGGCGCUGGCGCGGAGGCACGGACGGUUCAUGGUGUACGUGCACUCCAAGGGGAUGGUCGUGGACGACGAGUACGUGCUCCUCGGCUCCGCGAACGUCAACCAGCGCUCCCUCUCCGGCUCCCGCGACACCGAGAUCGCCGUCGGCGCGCACCAGCCGCAUCACACCGGACGGCGGCCGCGCGGGCAGGUGCACCGGUACAGGAUGUCGCUGUGGGAGGAGCACCUGGGCGGGCUGGCUGAGGUGCUGAAGGCGCCGGAGUCGCCGGAGUGCGUGAGGCUGGUGAAUCAGGUGGCCCGGGAGAACUGGGACAGGUACACGGACGAGGGGGAGGUGGUGGAGACGAUGCAGGGGCACCUGAUGAAGUAUCCGGUGGAGGUGGACCACGACGGCAGCGUGUGGCCGCUGACGGGGCACGAGUUCUUCCCCGACGUCGGCGGCAGGGUCCUAGGCUCCACCAACAAGUUUCCCGAUCAUCUCACCAUGUAG